AUGGACACUAGGGGAACCGGUCCAGUGAGACAAGAUAGGAGACUUCUUAGGUUCUCUAAGGGGCCAUAUUCAAGCUCCAACCACUCACAGUUCAGAAGGAGUUCAUCUCAAGAGAAGAGUAAUAGGAGUGGUUCGGGAUCAAGCUCUUUCAGUGGAUCGAUCAAAUGCUCUAAGUGUGGAGGACUGCACAUGGUCAGGGACUACCCACAGUCACGGAUGAACUGUAGCAACUGUGAAAAGUUGAGGCACACUACCAAUGUGUGCUGGGCUGCCAAGAGGAGUGGCAGUAAGAGUACAACUCAAAGGCCAAAAUUGAGAGGAAGCACGUGGCCGAAGCUGAGUAUCCCUGGAAGAGUCUUUGCCAUGAGUGGAGCAGAGGCUUCACAAUCUGAGGAGCUGAUCCGAGGUAAAUGUGUAAUUAAAGGCAGAUUGCAUGAUGUGUUGUUUGGCUUGAAUGCUAUGCACUCUUUCGUUUCUGUGGACUAUGUGAAGAGUCUGGAUAUGUAUGUGACUGAAUUACCGUGCAAUGUUAUGGUGACUACUCCUACAGGUAAACUGGUUAUGACGUCGUGGGCAUGUUUAGGGUGUUCAAUAAUGGUGCAUGGUAGGGAAUUCAAGGUGGAAUUAAUCUGUUUGCCUCUUUCUCAAUUGGAUGUGAUCUUAGGGAUGGAUUGGCUAGCUGCCAACCAUGUGUUGUUGGACUGCAAAGAGAAGACUUUGACUUUUGGCUCAUCAAUGUUGGAAGUUUCAAGGCUUUUGAGCUAA